CGUUGCAUGGACCAGCCUGCCCGCACGGCCUACACGUUCCUUCUGCUUACUCUCAUCGUUGCUGCGCCUGUUCGCCGUACAUAUUCCUGAGCGGCGCGCAACGCCCCCCAGCUCGCCAUGAAGGCGCUUUUCAACCGAUUCAACAGGAGCAUCACCAGGGAGAAGGAUCGCGAGCCCGCCAAAGACGAUAGUUACCCCUUCAAGAAGGAGAAACUACCAGCGCUCCCCCCUUUGCCGGAAUGGCCGCCUGCACAACCUGCGACGGGCACGCCCAAGUCGGUGGACUCGCGCAAACCUCUGCCCGACAUCGGAACACGCGCUUUACCCCCUGUUGACCAACCUAUACGCUCCCUAUCGACCGAUUCUUCCGCGACCGGUACCACUACUACCCACCAGUCCUCAACUCCUACUGCCAACGGAAGCGUCAACACGGCUGCUGGUAGCAGUGAUGCCCCGAAGAAGGUAGCCUUUCUGUCGCCUCCGCCUACUCCCGGACCUUCAGGCGAUCGCGCGUUGCCCGCUGAUGCACCUGCGAACGGCGCGACAACAGGCGCUCCGCUGAAAACAACUGUAUCGCGUUUCCAGGCCGCACAUGGCAAGGAUCCUCGUGGAUCUACAUCUACAUCCGCAUCCGCGUCCAAGACAGACGUUAGCAAAGCCACGAGUAGCGCGGCCAAACCCACGUCCACGCGGUCGGCGACAUCCCCUUAUCCCAAGGUUGCUGGAGAUGCAGCCUCCCUUCACCAGUCACUUCGCUCCGGUACACCAUAUUCACAGAUGACUGGGAACAGUAGCCGUAUCUUAGCCGUGUCGUCCUGGAGCGAGGGAGCGGAAGAGGAUCUGGUCACGAACCUGGGGCCCAGGGAACGUACCAGGCAGGAAGUCUUAUGGGAGAUAGUAGCGAGCGAGGAGAGAUAUGUGAACGAACUGGUGAAGUUGAAGGAGACUUUCAUCGAACCUCUCCUGCAUCCUUUCUCGACAUCACCCGUGACAUCACCGACACCCCUGGAGCUGGAUGACUACCCCCGUUUCGACUCUCCCCAGGAAUCCCUUGACCAUCUUCCCAUCGCAGCACGUUUUCUCUCGCCGAUCGGCUUUCGUUCGGAAACACCGACGGCAGUGCCGCCAACCAUUACACCGUCGAACAGCAGGGAUGGCAAGGACCAUCCCAAUAUCGACGGUGAAUCCCUAGAUACCGAUGAAGAGGACGAGGUCGAUGACCGCAUGGGCAAAUCGUUCCACUCACCCUCGUCGCGAAAGCCUUCAAACAGUACGAACCCCGCAUCGAAGCUUAAUCAUCCACGAUCCCCUUAUGGCACCACUCGGACAGCUUCAGGGGGACGCGGGCCAGCCGCGGUAGUGCCAUUCCCAUCCCGGUCGCACCAGUCGCUACCUGCCCCUCCUCGCACAAAUCCCAACGCAGCGUCUACGCAGUCCCUCGGCAGGCAAUCCUUUGUAGGUCAGUCGGAGAAAGAGAAAGAGCAGGAGCGCAAGAAUGCUACUGGCUCCAAAGGGGUUCUUCGUAAACUAAAGAAGAGCUCCACGUCUCCCGACAGUAUUGUCAUUGAGGGCGCAGUCCCUCCUCAUCAGCUACCGGAGGACUUGAGACGAUGUCUCGAAGUGAUCGAGUCAAGCAUCAUCGAGGGUCAUCAGAAGCUGAGUGAAGGCCUGCGAAAGAGGUACGACGAACAGUAUCCCCUCGUGCGGUCUCUCGCAGACGUAUUUGUGUCAAACUCGCAUAUCCUUCAUGGCUAUGCCCAAUACGUUCUGCACCUUGAGCGAGCGUUGGAGCAGGUGGACAACGCGUUGUCCACGGCCUAUGCCACGAAGAAGCCCAAGAAACAGGACGCAAACGAUUGGCUCAAAGUCUGCAGGUACCUUCAGAAGCUGGAAGAGACAGCCGCGGAUAAGGGCGAGACUGGUCUCGCCAUUUCGUUGUCCAAGCCAUUCCAACGGUUGCUGAAAUACCCCCUGCUCUUCCAAAACCUCCUUUUCCACACGGAUCCGAGUACGUUUGAAUACGAAAGUACGCUCCAAAUGGUGGCAGAAGUCGAGACUAUCGUGCGAAGUAUCGAAGACGAGAAGAUACAGAAGGAGGAGAGGGACAAGACGCGAGAUGUGUUUGCACGUAUAGAAGGCCUCGAGAAAGUCAAGCAAUUGGCGGCUCCGAAGCCUUCGCGGGUGCUCGUUGAAGAGCGGCAGUUGAUGCCAUCUCAGGAACAAGGUGGUUCACCAGCUCCUGGCAAGACCCCGGGGUCGCCGCCCACGGCCAUGAACGGCAAGAAUGUGAAGGGCAAGACGUCGUUCAAGCGCCUCAGCGAUGUCUUACAGCCCAGUUCGAGUGGGAUAGGCGGAAAGAAGGACCUGUGGCUCGUCGUGUUCAAUGAUGUCGUACUCAGAUGUCAGAGGACCGGCACCACAUCGUUACCAUUGGUAGCCGCAACGAAUUCCAGGGUGAAUUCAUUACCGGACUUGCAGGGCAAGGCAAAGUACGCGACUACCGGUCGAAGGGGCUCUCACACGAAACCGAGGAAUUUGUACAAAUUCAUCAAGAUCGAGACAUGGGAUAUCGGCCAUGUUGUUCAACCUCGCGAGGGUGUGGUAGCAAUGGAAGAUGUUGUGCGAUCUAAGGCACAGUACCAUUCAGGCGUACCACAGCCAAGAAUCGUGCCAAUGCCAGACGAUGAUGAGGAUAGGGCUAUGGACUCGGAUGAUUCGGAUAGGAAGAGCAAAAUGAGUUUCUCUUACUGGGGCGCGGACAAGAUCACCAUUCAAAAACCGGUCGUCAAGCCGAAACCUGCGGCUCCCGCGGGAGCGCGAAGAGCUUCACCGGCGAUGUCAACAGCUUAUGCAAGGGAAUCGUCUGCCAAUGCCAAGUUUGGCACGCGAUUAAUGGACACGGCGAACCCAGCACGUCCGGCUAGUCGUCGUACGCAAGGUACCCCUGCUGGUCGCACUACCCCAUCUGCUCGCCGACAACCUCAAUCGGACGAAGGCCAUUCUGCUAAGGCGACCGUGACACGGGAUCCAGGGAGGCCGGCGUGGGUAGGCACUGGCAGCUCUCGGGCGAACACGUCGACGCCAACUGCGGCUAAACGUACCCGGAACAUAUCGCAAACAAGCGCAGCCACGAAAGCGACGGUCACGUCCAACAACAAAUCUCUGGCGUCUCCUGCUCCGUCAGAAGACUCGGGAGUGGGAAUGUAUCGCCAGAUCAUAGCCCAGAAUCCGUCUUUGACCCGCCUGGACACAUAG